AUGGGCAUUAAUCAUAGAUUCCUGCAACUGCUAGUUGCUGGUCCUCUUCUCUACAGCCUGGGACUUGCGCUGCAAGCCGAUAUUCGGGCGGACAGCAACCGGGAUGGCUACGUCGACCUCCAUGGUGAAAGUGACCUUUUGCAUAAACUUGAGUGGAACACUGAAGGUGCCCUCUUCAUGCCAAAUAUAAAAGAUUCUUGUCAUUAUUGCUAUUUGUGGUAUAUGGCUGGGCUGUUUUCGAGAUUUGAAGAUUUUGUCGCCUGCAACGAUGCCUCCGCUGAUCAGCUAUGGGAUACACGGUACUUGACUCCUUUAGCCACAUCUCCGGUCGAGAACAUAAGCCACGAUGCUUGGGGAACAGUUGAGGUCCACGAGGAAAUUGCGAGGAAGAACGUUCGGAUAUUCCAGGACGAUCAGACGUUGAUCACCAAUGACCAUCGAUUUUCUAGUGCGGAGCUUAGAAAAGGACUGAAUCUAGGAAUCGAUGCCCGUGACACACGAAGGCCCGGGGGAUGGGACGGGCGAGUCGAAGUCCACUUCAACAUUCAGGAUGGAAACGAACAUUCAGAUGAUUUCGUUCGCCUCCGCGUUGCACCCCUCCUUCUCUCCCAUUCUCUUCAACCGGUCAAAUUCCUUGAACUGGUCGACCUGCCGGAAACCACACCACCAAACAUCCCCCAGAUGUUACAGAAAUCUUUCAAUGAUCAGUUUGAAUCUAUCCUGAACAGCUCCAAUUCCAAGACCAUGCCGGAGAUCAGGCAUAUGCGUACCCGGGAUCAGGAUCAGUGGUACCGGGAUUUUGCGAGCUACGCAUAUAUCAGUAAACCAGGACCGAACGGUGGUUCGACUGUUUUACCAAUUGUUUUGCGCUCUUCCCAGGAGUCUAGGGAGGGGGGCAAAGUUGCAAUUGAAAGUACCCGUUCCUUCAAAGGUGCCGGCGCGAUCUAUAGUCCCGGCGGUACUAGGGAUGAAAUCAACUCGAUGGGCAACGUGAUGACCAUACCUCCCUAUCGAAUUGGCAGCAAGCAUUUCCCGGCAGGCCGCGUCAUUGUCGGAUCUCAUGGCUCCCAGAAUCCCCAUAUUCUCGGAUAUCUGCGGGCACAGGAGCUUCAGGACCCUCUCAUACUGGACUCGGAUUGGCUGGCCAUAGGCCACCUGGAUGAGUUUCUCCAGUUUGUACCCGUGCGUGAAGGGAAGAGUCUAUAUGGCUGGGCGCUCUUAAUUGCCGACCCCAACGCUGGCCUAGACAUUCUGACGAAAGCAUGUAACGACGGUCAUGGGAGCGCCUUGGUUUUUUCACGGGGAAACGAGAGCGAGCAGUGGAUGCGCGAUGGCCCCGUUCCAGGGUACUCUAUUGACGAGCUCUUGGGACAUCCAAACUUCACCCAGAGCAACCGGGAUUUUGCGAAGCGCAUAGAGAAGGUGCAGCUCCGCUUGAUGAAGGAGACCGGUCUCCGUGAAACCGACAUCUACAAGCUUCCCAUGCUAUUCCAAACGGGUAUCUGUUGGAAAGCAGACCGAGGUGUAUCGCCAGAGCGCAACUGCAGCACAAGCCAUGCUACGUCACUGCAUCCGGCGGUGGUAAAUGGUGUGCCCCUGGACCAAUCGCAUUUCGUGGCGCCCCAUCCAUGGGGUCCUGUCGUGGAAGGGGUGGACAUCCUGGAGAAAUCAAUUAAUGACACGUUCAGGGAUAUUGGAAUGAAUGGCGGCCAGGUGUAUUCCGGGACUAAUAGCUUUCACAACGCAACUCAACCAUGGUGGGGGACGUAG